AUGGCCGACACACUUUCAGACACCACUCAUAUCGAGAGUAGCGAUGCGACAGAGAAGCAGGCAACGUUGGUUCAUGAUGCUGGUUUUAAGAUCAAAGACUCACCUCAGCCGGACGAGGCUCAACAGCAUGGCAGAACUGAUUCUUCUAUAAAGGAAGACGAGGCGAGUGAAUCGACUCGACUGAGUGCGAACAGCGUACCUGAUGCAGACACUGUUGAAGAGUUUAACAAGGAAUUUGCCUCUGGUUUCAACCAACCGGAAAGCAAAUCAGUUAACCUGGCGGGAAAUCAACUUGAUCACGAUGCCGAGAAAGAAUCUGCAGUUAUAAACCUAACCGCUUCUAGUCAUGAAGGCACGCAGAAUGAUACAGGUUUGACUGAAAGUAUUAAGCCAACUGCAGCUUCUGCAAAUGUCGGUAAUGACCAACAUGAUGGCAUGUCCCGUGAUGUAACACGUGGCUCAGAAAACCCUAUGAAGUCAAACUUGCUGUUCCGCAGCGGUCUCGAUUCGAAAGAUGAGAUAUACGAAUCGCAAAAUGAGCCCGAACAUACAUCGUUGUCCAGUUCGGUAUUAUCCCGCGAUAAUAAAUUAGACCAACGUGAUGAUGGUCAUAAUUUUAUUUCGAAAAGUUGCCCAAGCAUGAGGGCGGAGAACGAAAAAAGCAAGUCGUUGCAGAUGCCUGCUCAUGACCAUGAAAUUUGCCCGGAUCAGUCGGGAUUGUCACAGAAUUCAGGUGCAACUGAUGGGACGAUUUUGUUGGGAUCCAGGGAGCCUGCGUCAGACUUGGGCAUUACCCAAGAUGCGGCUAAGACACCAGUAACCACAAACGACGACGCGUGUCCCGAAAGCGAUACAGACGUUUUGCAAGUCGUCAACAAGCCGGUGAAAGAAAAUGUCUUGUCAACAUCAGCGGAUUCGGAGUGUCCUGCGCCCAUAGCAGCAAACCAUGAGGCGACAAAACACACCAUGAGACAAGAUUCAGAUGACAAGAUAAUGCUACCAAAGCCUCGAGAUGAUGAUUCAUUCUAUAACAAAGAUCGAACUGUGGUUAUGGUCAAACACAUGUACGAGGACCAAGAACUACGUAAUCCUCCAGCUUCAUCCUCGCAGGUAUCGAGCUUGGAGGUCCAACAUGGUAAAGCUGACAGCCCUGGAGAUGACAGUGUGUAUGAUGGACCAUUACGACGUAUACCUGAAAAUUUAGACGACACGCAUCAUUCUGCUCUGGUACCUCAACAUGAUGAAAUGUUAGAUGCAAACUCCAUGACACCUGAUCAGCCUUUGGGGGAGUCGACAACCGGAACAGAGUCAAUGUUACAGGAUGAGCCAAGCAAGGAGUUUGAUCUGGGCGUGACACAAUCGGUGCAAGAUACUUUGGACCAGCAAGCAAAAACGCCUGGUGACAGUCUAAUGGCAUCCGUGGAAGCGAUGACCUCUACGCAAUCUAGUAUAGCUUCGCCGUCUCAAAAGACAUCUCUUGCUGAGCGGCUGCAACGCGCAACUAAGACCCCACCUGCAAUACCCCCUGCAAAAAGGGGCACGGAUACGCCGAUGGAGCCAGAUGCCAAGCUCGAUAUCUGGGCGAAUAAAUCAGUGCAGGACCCUGUAUCUAUACAGGGCGCGUCUACUGAAACGGCAAUAUCACAAGAGACUGCAGAAACAUCUGAAUGUGACGGUGAUGUUACCACACGGAUUCAUCCAGAGCUUGAUAGUGCUGGGGGAAUGGAUCGGUCACUUGAUUAUUUGCCACAAGAUCGUCCUGAGCAUCACACUGCUGCCUCUGAUCAUGCUUCAUUAGAAGACACAGCAGAGAGUCUCGGAGCGACCAGUAAUUCUAGUUCGAGCGACGACGAAACGGAUAGCAAUAUCCCGGACCUGUGGGUUACGUCUAAGCUAACGGCGGAAAAUCCACAUGAGAUAUCUUUGGAUCAGUCUCGAGGAAUCAACGAUGCGAGACGACCGAGGACGGAGCAUCCAUUCAAGGAGCAAUCGGCAGCUCCAGUAGAACGAACACCGGAGUUAGCCUUGCAAAGGCAAAUGGAAAAUGUAACUCUCGCUUCGUCACCACAAGCACAGGCGGCCACCCCUAGGGAUGAUUCACGAACUGACAUCCCUGCAGGUGAUAUACGGUGUGUAGCAUCGAAACCCGCAGUGCAUGUCUCGGCAACGGUUACAGGGCGUGAUCUACCGACACCACCGCCACUGAUCCGGCCCCAGCGGCAUACGAAUCCAAGAUCCCGUAUACCCCCUCCGGCAGAGUCAACAUCUAAUGACGCACAAGUACCUGCAGCCAAACCACCGUCCUUACCACCACGCCGUGUGCGCCGGGAUCUGAAAGAAACACGCGCCGUGAGCGAGAUGCCUCCGCAGGCAUUACUGGCGCCGACCCAGCCACCUUCAUUACCUCAUCGCAUGCGAUCCGAUGCAGCGGCCGGUGAGAAUGCGCGUCGUAUUGUGUCAGAGACGCCGGGAUUUGGUGCAGCAAGGUCGGAGGACAUAUCGUCGACUAAGUCGCCUCGCGCCCGUCGAACACUUAGUGAUAUCAUGCGGGAAGCUGAUCAGAUUUUGCAAGAGUGGAAAUAG